GGGCGGGGCGAAGGCGGGGCCUCGCGGCCGGGCCGGGAGGAGCUGACAGGGCCGCAGCAGCUAACCCGCAACCCCACUUUCUCGGAACGUGCCUGGGCUGCUGCAGCUGGCACCCGGCAGCGCUCAGCGAAGAGGGCUGGGGGCGGGAGAUGACAGUGAUUUGCUCCCUGCUUGGCCCUCUGCGAGCACCGACUCCCUUCUCCGCGCGGCCCCAGGGCUGCAGACGAAGCAGGGCCAAAGUCUGUCCCUGCAGACAAGGGAAGGAGGCAGUGCUCAGAGCUCCCUACACUGGGUCUCUAGGGAGGACAUUUGGCCCCCUGCAAGUAGGUGGGAGUGGGUGAAUGUUGUGACUGUUGAUGUUGAAGAGUGCUCUAGUAGUAUCACACUGUAUUUUGCUUUUUCCCAGGGGAUAAAGGAUAUUGGGUGUUUGAGAAAGAACCUAAGAGUUUAAAGCUUUCUUCUUGAAGUUAAUCAACUCUCCAUUCACUCCCAUUUUCACUUAAUAAUAGCAGUCUUUUACAAUUUCAGUGGUUCAUUGAUGUUUAAGCCAAAUAUGAAGUGGCCAGGAGCGGUUUGUUUUAAUAUAUACAGUAGCGUUUCUCCAGUUCCUGCCCCAGUGAGUGGUCUUUUACUGUGACAGGUCAACUUGUUUGUUCUGUAAUAAACCUUGUUUUCAUAGAUGAAAAGACUGGAGGUAAUUUUUUUAAAACUUCCUUUGCCGUAGUUCCUGUUCAUUUUAAAAUAAUGCUUUAGAAAGCAUAUUUUCUUCCCCUACUAGGAUGAGAUAAAACUUUGUAAGUGCUUUUGAUUAUUUUGACUUUUUCCUCAGUUAGCAGGUAUUGCUUUUAUAAUAUUGAAAAACAUUAAAAGAAACCUCUUGGGAGGGGCAGAUUACUUUUCAAUGUUUUGUUGUUGUUUUCAUUUUCAGCUAAUUGAAAGUUAAACCUGGGCAUCGCUAUAACUAUCUGACCAUAACCCUGAGGAAAAAGAACAACUCUCCCUUCACUGUUAGCAACCAUUUAAGAUCAAACUAAAUUAAAUUCAAUUCCUCUUAACUGUUUGGUAUAAAACAAAACCUGAUGACUUUAUGACACAUCCCAUCCCUCUUUUUUUUUUUUUUUUUUUUUUUUUGGUUGUAGGAUCUUUAAUACCAAGUAUGUUUGAAGAACUAACAUAAGAUUUACUUUUUUACCAUUCUUAUUAUUUUUAGGACUAUGGCUCCUAGUAGCAAUUGCUACCAUUUCUUGAAAGCCUACUUUGUGAUAAGCUGUGUAUAAAAUAUUAUAUCCACACAAUAUGCCUCUAAGGAUAUUUUUACUCUCAUUUUACAGUUGAGGAAACUAAGGUUCAGGAAGGCUAAGUAACUUACCCAAGGAGUUGAUAAGUAAUAAGGCUCAGAAUCUGUUUGACUCUUUUCACUGAGUUAAAGUUUUAGUCAAAACUGUGGGGUAAAAAAAUGUAUUGGAAUGUGCUCAUAUGGUACAAAUAAGGGGUUGUGGGCAGUAUAAGUUAGUAAUACUCCAGGCAAAAAAAUAUAGGGAACUUUUGAAAAAUAUCACAAGACUGGACUUCUUUAGCACUGCCUACUCAAGAAUGUUUCUUAAGGUUGCAAAAUGUUUAACACCUUUGUUUAAUUGUUUACUAGCUCCUUAUUUCAAGUAUGGGUAUUUGUACCAACCAGUAGCUUUCCCAGGAUAUAAUUUGAUGCUUAUGUGGUAAACUUUAAGUAAGUAUUAUAGGUUUCGUGUACUAUAUUGACCACUCCUGUCUAAUCCUGGUAGAAAAAUACUUGUCUUAAUCCAGAUUAAAUGUAAGGUUUUUAAAUGGUUUGGUUUAUACCAGGGUAGCACAGAGAAAAUUCUCUUACACACCCCCAUGUAUCGGUUGUUGGUAAUCUCUGGCCUGCCACCUAAGUCUUUUUAAUGUGAUGUAGAUGUUUGAGAACUUAACCUGGGCAUUGUAAAUUUCAGGAAGCAUGCAUUUUUUACUUUCUACCUUAUAUAAGGCCAUUUUAGAUGGUAAACUCAGAGUAAUCACUUAGAAAUUAAUAAUUGACAUCAUAUUAAUUUUAAAUACUAAUAAAAGCCGAUUAAUUUUAGAGCUAUCCAUACCGCCUGUGCAUUUGUGUCCCUGGCAGCAAGAGGGGAGUUGAUAAUUAUUGUAAUGUUAGCAUAAAGAAUUUGUUCCUUGCUUUAGCAUUUUCUGAACAUCUUUGGGACAUUUUACAACACAUUUUGUGUUCUUUAACAUCUUAUGAACAUUUUUAGAACAUUUCAGGACACAUUUUGUGUUCUUGGACUUGUUAGUAUAGUGAAAAACAGGGUACUUUAUCAUUUGGAAAAAAACUUUUUUUUUCUGUUCAUGAACUAGAUAGCGCCUAAAAGAGAACACUGAUUCAUGAAAGGGUAAAAGGUUUAUGUAUGUGCAAGUUAUUAUUUUAGUCAUUCAUUAAAAAUGGUUGUGUCUCCUGUGUGCCACAUGUUUUGCUAGAUGUUAGGGACACAACAGUGAAUAAAAACAUGCAGUCCCUGCUUCUGUGACAUUUACAGUCUAGCAAAAGAGAUGACAUAAAUUAAGUAGUUACUCUAAUACAUAGUAUAAUUGCAGACUGAGAAAAGUUGCCUGAAGGUAAGCAAUGAGAAUCUAUUUGAGAAAAGAUCGUGGCCUGGCUGUGUGGUUAGAGAAGCCUUACCUGAUACAGUGACACCUGAACUAUAUGAUUUGGAGGAUAAGAAGUUGUUAACUAUGUGGAAUGUGGCAGGUGGGUGGGUAGAGAAAAGGAACAUUUUAGAGUGAGCCAAAUGUGCAAAGUCCCUGAGGCACAAAGGGACUAUGGGGCCAGUGUGUCAAGGCUGGUGUAAAAGAAACUAAAAGUAGGUUGGUCAGAUACCAUCAUUUUUUCUUUCUUUCUCAUAUAUUCUACCAAGAUUUAAAUAUUUAACUUUGCUAAGUGAUUACUCUAUACUAGAUGUGAUUCUGAGGAUUUUACUUGAAUAAUCUCAAGUUCCUGUGAGGUAGGUACUAUUACUGCCAUUUCACAAAAGAAGAAAGUGAGGCACAGAAAAUUUAUUGGUUCAAAGUCGCUUGACUAUACUGUUCUUCCUAUCCUAUACUCAAGUAUGACCACAGGCUAGAAAGAACUUUCUAGUCCCAGUGUGACUCCUUGAUGUAGCCCUGAGAACUUCUGAAAUUUCUGAAGAAUUUGGAUGCAGGUGGACAUUCAGCAGAGACUCUGUGGACCCCAUGCUCUUAUCCACCUGACAGAGCUCAACUGUGGAUCCCUGGAGAGAGAGAUCUGGUUGGAGUUGGAGGUUGAGAGAAAAUGAAUUCCUUUUCUGAGUUACCUGCAGAGAACUUGACCCUUGCAGUCAAUAUGACCAAGAUUUUGCCUACAACAGUACCACAUGGAUUUAAUUCCACUAAUGACCCACCUUCAAUGUCAAUAACAAGGCUUUUUCCAGCCUUACUAGAAUGCUUUGGCAUAGUCCUUUGUGGCUACAUAGCAGGAAGGGCCAAUGUCAUAACAUCAACACAGGCCAAAGGACUGGGAAAUUUUGUCUCCAGAUUUGCACUUCCAGCUUUAUUAUUCAAAAACAUGGUUGUACUUAAUUUUUCCAAUGUGGAUUGGUCUUUCCUAUAUAGUAUCUUAAUUGCCAAAGCUUCUGUAUUUUUCAUUGUAUGUGUAUUAACCUUAUUGGUUGCCAGUCCUGAUAGUCGAUUUAGCAAAGCCGGACUAUUUCCUAUAUUUGCUACACAAAGUAAUGACUUUGCAUUGGGAUACCCUAUAGUUGAAGCUCUGUAUCAAACUACAUACCCAGAAUAUCUCGAGUAUAUUUAUUUGGUGGCACCAAUAUCUCUUAUGAUGUUAAACCCUAUAGGAUUUAUCUUUUGUGAAAUCCAGAAAUGGAAAGAUACUCAAAAUGCUUCUCAAAACAAAGCAAAAAUUGUGGGACUUGGACUUCUGCGUGUAUUACAGAACCCAAUAGUAUUUAUGGUCUUUAUUGGUAUUGCCUUCAAUUUUAUUCUUGAUCGAAAGGUGCCUGUAUAUAUAGAAAAUUUUCUUGAUGGACUUGGAAAUUCUUUUUCUGGAUCGGCCCUAUUUUAUCUUGGUCUUACGAUGGUAGGGAAAAUAAAGAAACUGAAGAAGUCAGCAUUUGUUGUACUAACUCUUCUCAUCACAGCUAAACUCUUGGUGCUGCCACUCCUAUGCAGAGAAAUGGUGGAAUUCUUAGACAAGGGUGACAGUGUCGUGAACCAUACAAGUUUAUCGAAUUAUGCAUUUUUGUAUGGUGUCUUUCCUGUAGCACCAGGAGUAGCUAUCUUUGCAACACAGUUCAACAUGGAAGUAGAAAUUAUAACCUCAGGAAUGGUAAUAAGCACAUUUGUGUCCGCUCCCAUCAUGUACGUUUCUGCCUGGUUACUGACCUUUCCCACUAUGGACCCUAAGCCAUUGGCAUAUGCCAUCCAGAAUGUUAGUUUUGAUAUAAGUAUUAUCAGCCUGGUCUCUUUGAUCUGGUCUCUGGCUAUUCUUCUUUUGAGUAAGAAAUAUAAACAGCUUCCUCAUAUGCUUACAACGAAUUUACUCAUUGCUCAGUCUAUUGUCUGUGCUGGAAUGAUGAUAUGGAAUUUUGUUAAAGAAAAAAAUUUUGUUGGACAAAUUUUGGUGUUUGUUCUAUUAUACAGCUCCCUCUAUAGCACCUACCUGUGGACAGGCCUCCUAGCAAUUUCUUUGUUUCUUUUGAAAAAGCGAGAGAGGGUACAAAUUCCUGUUGGAAUCAUCAUAAUAUCUGGCUGGGGAAUCCCUGCUCUCCUUGUUGGUGUUCUUUUGAUAACUGGAAAACACAAUGGAGAUAGCAUUGACUCAGCCUUCUUUUAUGGAAAAGAGCAGAUGAUCACCACAGCAGUAACCCUGUUCUGCAGCAUUCUGAUAGCUGGGGUAUCACUCAUGUGCAUGAACCGUACCACCCAAGCAGGAAGCUAUGAAGGUUUUGACCAGUCUCAGAGCCACAAAGCAGUGGAGCCUGGAAACGCUGCUUUUGAAGAAAGUCCAACGCCAGUAAAUGAACCAGAACUUUUUACAAGCUCUAUCCCAGAAACAAGUUGCUGUUCCUGCUCCAUGGGAAAUGGUGAAUUACGCUGCCCAUCAACAGAGCCAGUAGCAAACACAAGCACCCGUGGGUCUGUGACUCCUUCGUUUGAGAAAAAUGAUCAUUGUGUGAGUCGCUGUAACUCCCAGAGCUGCAUAUUAGCCCAGGAAGAACAACAGUAUCUACAGAGCGGAGACCAGCAACUAACUCGACAUGUGUUGCUGUGUUUACUUCUCAUUAUUGGCCUGUUUGCUAAUCUUUCUAGUUGUUUAUGGUGGCUUUUCAACCAAGAGCCUGGAAGACUAUAUGUUGAGUUACAGUUUUUCUGUGCCGUGUUUAACUUUGGCCAGGGAUUUAUUUCCUUUGGAAUCUUUGGAUUAGAUAAACAUUUAAUCAUCCUGCCUUUCAAAAGAAGACUUGAGUUCCUUUGGAACAAUAAAGAAACAGCAGAUAAAAGGGAUUCUCCUGUUUCUGAGGAAAUAAAAAUGACCUGUCAACAGUUUGUCCAUUAUCACCGUGACCUCUGUAUCCAAAACAUUGUGAAGGAAAGAAGGUGUGGUGCAAAGACUUCCACCGGGACCUUUUGUGGCUGUGACCUGGUGAACUGGCUAAUUGAAGUCGGCCUUGCCUCUGACCGUGGUGAAGCUGUGAUAUACGGAGACAGGCUGGUGCAAGGGGGAGUCAUCCAACAUAUUACCAACGAAUAUGAAUUUCGAGAUGAGUACUUAUUUUACAGAUUUCUGCAAAUGAGUCCUGAACACAGUCCUACUGCUGUUAAUACAAGCACCCCCCAACAAGAAAGAUAUAAAGAAAUUGAACAUUCAUCCUUAUCCUCACUUUCCCCUAAGACCUAA